GACACCACUUCCCCAAUCUACAGGAGCCAUUUUAACAGCAUAAAACUUGCCGGAUUGCUUUUUAUUUUCAAGCCCAAAGGACAAAAAGAGAACGAGAAUAUUUGAAGGCCAAGAAGUUCUAAAGAAGAAAAAUUUCAGAAAAAUUGCCUCUGUUUGAGUGGAAUAUCAGUGAACCAAGGAAACCUGUAGUGCCGUCCUGAAAGAAAACCUGGUCUACAGUAACUUAACAGACUUAGCUGAGGGUUUUUUACCCAAAUUGGUCACUGGAUUCUGCUGCCUCAUACUUGAACCUGCUUGGAAUUUUUCUCAUGUGGAUCUAAGGGGAAUGUUUUAUUAUGGCUGCUGUUGUCCAACAGAACGACCUAGUGUUUGAAUUUGCUAGUAACGUCAUGGAGGAUGAACAACAGCUUGGUGAUCCAGCUAUUUUUCCUGCUGUAAUUGUGGAACAUGUUCCUGGUGCUGAUAUUCUCAAUAGUUAUGCGGGUCUAGCCUGUGUGGAAGAGCCCAAUGACAUGAUUACUGAGAGCUCCCUGGAUGUUGCCGAGGAAGAAAUCAUAGAUGAAGAUGACGAUGACAUCACGCUCACAGUUGAAGCCUCCUGUCAUAAUGGGGAUGAGACGAUUGAAACAAUCGAGGCUGCUGAGGCGCUCCUCAAUAUGGAUUCUCCUGGCCCUAUGUUGGAUGAAAAACGAAUAAAUAAUAAUAUAUUUAGUUCAUCUGAAGAUGACAUUGUUGUUGCCCCAAUCACCCAUGUAUCCGUCACAUUAGAUGGGAUUCCUGAAGUGGUGGAAACUCAGCAGGUUCAAGAGACCUAUGCACACUCACCAGGAACAUCGUCGCCAGAACAACCUAAGAGAAAGAAAGGGAGAAAAACAAAACCUCCACGACCAGAUUCCCCAGCCACUACGCCGAACAUAUCUGUGAAGAAGAAAAAUAAAGAUGGUAAGGGAAACACAAUUUAUCUUUGGGAGUUUUUACUGGCACUGCUCCAGGACAAAGCUACUUGUCCUAAAUAUAUCAAAUGGACCCAGCGAGAAAAAGGCAUUUUUAAACUGGUAGAUUCCAAAGCAGUAUCCAGGUUGUGGGGAAAGCACAAAAACAAACCUGACAUGAAUUACGAGACCAUGGGAAGAGCUCUCAGGUACUAUUACCAAAGGGGUAUUCUGGCAAAAGUAGAAGGUCAGCGCUUGGUGUAUCAGUUCAAGGAAAUGCCAAAAGAUCUUAUUUAUAUAGAUGAUGAGGAUCCAGGUUCCAGCAUAGAGUCUUCAGAUCCAUCACUGUCUUCAACAACUACUUCAAGUAGGAGCCAAGCAAGCAGAUCGAGAGUAUCCUCAAGUCCUGGGAUAAAAGGAGGAGCCACUACAGUUCUAAAGCCGGGAAAUUCUAAAGCUACAAAACCCAAAGAUCCUGCAGAAGCUGCACAGCCAUCAGAAGUUCUGAGGACAGUGCAGCCUGCACAGUCUCCAUAUCCUACCCAGCUCUUCCGGACUAUUCAUGUAGUACAGCCAGUACAAGCUGUCCCAGAAGGAGAAGCAACCGUAACCAGUAGCAUGCAGGAUGAAACAUUAAAUUCUUCCGUUCAGAGUAUUAGGACUAUACAGGCUCCAACCCAAGUUCCAGUGGUUGUGUCUCCUGGGAAUCAGCAUUUGCAUACAGUAACACUCCAGACAGUGCCAAUCACAACAGUGAUAGCCAGCACAGAUCCAUCAUCAGGUGCUGGAUCUCAGAAAUUUAUUUUACAAGCCAUUCCAUCCUCACAGCCCAUGACAGUACUGAAAGAAAAUGUCAUGCUGCAGUCACAGAAGCCAGGCUCCCCUCCUUCGAUUGUCUUGAGCCCUGCCCAUGUACAGCAGGUACUUACUAGCAAUGUUCAAUCCAUUUGCAACGGAACCGUCAGUAUGGCUUCAUCUCCGUCCUUCAGUGCUACUACUCCUGUGGUGACCUUUUCUCCUCGAAGUUCACAACUUGUUGCUCACCCACCUGGCACUGUAAUCACUUCGGUUAUCAAAGCUCAAGAAACAAAAACUCUUAUACAGGAAGUAGAGAAAAAGGAAGUUGAAGAUCAUUUGAAAGAAGACAUUGAGAAGACUGAGCAACAGCCACAGCCUUAUGUGAUGGUGGUAUCCAAUUCCAAUGGAUUUGCCUCUCAGGUAGCUGUGAAACAAAAUGAAUUGCUGGAACCCAACUCUUUUUAAUUAAUAUACCAAAGGAAUUAUGGAUGAUUGUUUUUUAAUUGAACAUUUCCAGUUGUAUUCAGACUGAUUCUAAGAUAAAUUCUACAGAUGUUCCUAAUUUUGUAGUUAAUUGUUAAAAAUAUUAAUUUAGAGUUAAUUUUGACUUUGUUAGAUGAGGGAAGGUACCCAAGUGUUUCUCUUUGUUGUGCAAAUGUUUCAGAAUUCAAUUGUGAAGGAACAGGCAUUUUAUACUAUGAAGACAUCCUUUUCAGAUUUUUUUCAGUUGCUAUACCAUAAGCAUUUUUUAAGUUUCUUUUUUAAUUUUACAUGGUAUUAGUUUUUCUGAUUCUUUUGUAAAUACAGUACUUAAAUACAAGGCAACAGGAGAUUUAUAUAGGAACCAUUUUCAUUCCAUUUGCGUAACUUAAAGUCUUGACCCUUUCAAAUGCAAGACACCUAUUUUAUACUUUGUUAAAAUUAUGAUUUCAGUUAGAUUGACUUUAGUUGGUUGCACUGUAUAAGGAACUAUGAAGAUGUAGAAAACAACAUUAAAAAUUGAAAGUUGCCCAUGAUACGGCUGAACCUGUUUCAGAAGCAGGAUAGUAUAAAAGCGUCAGCCUAAGAGUGGCUUUUCUGCUAAUUAGUUGUGUGAUGUGGGGCAAAGCCACUGGAUCUUUUGGGGCCUCAGUUCUCCCAUAAAAGGAAGGGAUAUGUUGGAUUAGAUGAGAUGAUCUUCAGGCUCCUUUCUGGUUCUAAA